CUCCUUUCCCAUUCCGCUGGCUUGUUCUCUUUCGGCUCAAGACGUCAUCUCAACGACGGUACCGUUUAUCUGAUCUUGAGUCUCCCAAACACCGCAUCUUGUCAAUCGACGGUUUCUCAAGAUGGAGAAGCAUGUUGAGCUCCAGACCUUCGACGGCAAUAUGCUACGGAAUCGGCGGGACAAGGACUCAAUCUCGGAUGUCAAAGGUGCAGAGUUCGACCGUGAUCGAUAUGAGCUGGCCAGAGUGGGUAAGGAGCAGGUGUUGAAGCGUCGCUUCGGCCUGGUGUCUAUGACGGGUCUUUCCUGCGGUCUGAUGUGUACAUGGGAAAGUCUGCUUGUUAUCUUUGCUACUGGCUUCCAAAACGGCGGACCUGCUGGUCUCAUUUACGGUUUCAUACUAAUCUGGCUCGGCAACUUCUCGGUCUUCAUCUGCAUUGGUGAGCUGGCAAGUGCUGUACCAACAGCAGGAGGUCAAUAUCAUUGGGUAUCCUUGCUUGCACCACGAUCAAACAAGCGGUUUUUCAGCUACAUUACUGGUUGGCUCACCGUCAUUGGCUGGAUCGCAGCUCUCACAUCAGUGUGCUUCUUUGUUUCCGAUCUGGUAUUGCAGUUGACGAGUCUGAACAACCCUGACGGCUAUGUGCGAGAGAACUGGCAUGCGACGUUGCUCUUAUGGGCCGUACUAAUGCUCUGUGUUUUCAUCAACGUAUUCGUCAGUGGUGCUUUACCGACCAUCGAAGUCGUUGUCCUGAUCGUCCACGUCCUGGGAUUCUUUGGGAUCUUGGUACCAUUGGUGUAUCUCACGCCUGCACACAACACUGCUAAGGACAUCUUCACCACUUUUCACAACAAAGGACAGUGGCCUACACAAGCUCUGGCCUUCUUCGUUGGUCUGCAGGGCAAUGCGCUUGCUUUUGUCGGAACAGACUCUGUAGUACAUAUGUCAGAGGAAGUCAGGAACGCUAGUACCGAUGUACCACGCUCGAUGCUCAUGAGUCUCGGCAUCAACGGGACGCUCGCCGUGGGAUUGCUUCUCGCUGUGCUUUUCAGUGCGACUAACAUCGAAGGGCUGCUUAUGGAGGAGUCAUCAUUGUCGCCUUUCAUCCGAAUCUUUCAAAGGGCUGUAGGCUCCAAUGCUGGUGCUACUAUCAUGGUUAGCAUCAUCAUUGCUCUCGAGUUUUGUAGCGCAAUGGGUUGCUUGGCUGCUGCAUCGCGCAUGACUUGGUCUUUCGCUCGUGACAGAGGUCUGCCCUUCUCUCGCGCUCUUAGUAUGAUCGACAAGCGCACCACCAUUCCCGUGGUAGCCAUUCUCGUCGUAACAGUCUUUGCCGCCCUCCUCUCCCUAAUCAACAUCGGCAACAGCGCCGCCUUUAAUGGGACUAUCUCGCUCGUCCUCGAAGGGUUCUACCUUUCCUACCUGCUUGCCAUCGGCCUUCUCUUGUGGCGUCGCGUGCGUGGCGAUCUCGACAGCCAAAACGCCGAGCUAGCAAUCUUCAACUCCUCGCCUCACCACGACGAAUCGUACGACCGUAGUCUGACCUGGGGACCCUGGCGUCUCAAGGGUGCGCUUGGUGUUGCUAACAACGCGAUCGCGAUCUGCUAUCUGUUGCUCAUCAUCUUCUUCAGCUUCUGGCCAACACACACGAACCCAACAGCUGAGAUGAUGAACUGGGCUGUUGUAGUCACUGGCGGCGUUGCAACAUUCUCGGUCAUGUACUAUGUCAUUUUUGCGAGGAAGAGCUACACUGGACCGAUUGUGGAGGUUGACCCUCAUGUCAUGUGAAGGGGAUAUCUGCCGGGGAGAGUGUUGGAGCGGGUAAAGUGUACGAAAAGGUCAACAGCCGGCGUGAAGGGU